AAGAGUGCAGGGUGCGCUCCAUCCACAGCCUCAGCACACCGGACUCAUCCUCCACCAGCUGUGCUCCAGUUCCGUUUGCAUCGGCUUUUACAGUUGGCGGAUAUAGCAUGGAUACGAUUUAAGACACACUACUGAGCCGUGAGCAGUUUCACUUGCUAAAAACAUCUUAUUCUCUUAAAGCUCGUCCCACAGAAGUCACAAUAAUGAUGGAGUAUUGGAGGCAAUGCGCGCUGUGGUUAAUAAACUGCAAGGUGCUUGCAGCUAACCACCGGGUUACAUGGGAGUCUGCUCAGGUAUUUGACUUGGCUCAGACUCUCCGGGAUGGAGUCCUCCUGUGCCAUCUGCUCAACAACCUGAGACCCCAGUCCAUCAACCUAAAGGAAAUCAACCUCCGACCGCAAAUGUCACAGUUCCUGUGCCUGAAGAACAUCAGGACUUUCCUGGCAGCGUGCAGUGACGUAUUCGGGAUGAAGAAAAGCGAGCUGUUCGAGGCCUUUGACCUUUUUGACGUCAGGGACUUUGGAAAGGUUAUGGACACACUAUCAAAACUUUCCCAAACAGCGAUUACACAACAAACUGGAAUCAGGCCUUUCCCAUCGGAGGAGAGUGUUCAAGAUGAGGAUAUCUACAACCACCUGGAGGACCUUAUAGAUGAGAACGGGGUGGAGGAUGAGGAGGAUUUGUACGACUGUGUGUAUGAGGAUGAAGAUGGAGGAGAGAUCUAUGAAGAUCUGAUGAAGACAGAGGCCAUCGCUCCCCCGGCGUUCCAGAAGCAAGCAGAGACUGACAUCAGGAGCUGCUGUUUGUCAGAGAUCAAGCAGACAGAGGAGAAGUACACUGAGACCCUGGAGUCUAUAGAGAAGCACUUUAUGACACCCCUCACAAUGUUCCUAUCCAUGGUCGAGAUGGAAAAGGUGUUUGUGAAUAUCCCGGACCUGGUUAAAGUUCACAAAGGUUUACUGGUGGAAAUCCAAGACUCAGUCCACCACAGAAGUGCCCAGAACCUCCACCAGAUCUUCAUCACUUUUAAAGAGAGGUUGUUGAUCUAUGGGAAAUACUGCAGCCACGUGGAAACAGCCAUCAUUUGUCUGGAUGACAUCUGCAAAGAAAGGGAGGACGUACGCAUGAAGCUUGAGGAGUGUUCAAAGAGAGCUAACUACGGCAAGUUCACACUGAGGGAUCUGCUUGUGGUUCCUAUGCAGCGAGUCUUAAAGUAUCACCUCCUCCUGCAGGAGCUGAUGAAACACACUCACGAUUCCUCCGACAAGACCAAUCUGCGCACGGCAUUGGAUGCUAUGAAGGACUUGGCUCAGUACGUCAACGAAGUCAAGCGAGACAAUGAGACACUGCGAGAAAUAGAUCAGUAUCAGAAAUCCAUCGAAAACCUGAAUCAGACUUUGAGUAACUAUGGGAGACCCAAAGGUGACGGGGAGGUACGGGUGGCCUCGGUGGACAAACGAGCCAAACAGGACAGGCACAUCUUUCUGUUUGACGCGGCGGUGAUCGUUUGCAAGCGGCGAGGAGACAACUACGAGAUGAAAGAAGUGAUUGACCUGCACCUCUUCAAGAUCACCAACAACCCCACAUCGGACAAGGAGAACCGCAAGUGGUCCUACGGCUUCUACCUCACUCACAACCAGGGCCAGAGCGGCUUUGAAUUCUUCUUCAAGACCAAAGAGCUGAAGAAGAAGUGGCUGGAGCAGUUUGGCAUGGCCAUAUCCAACAUUCGCCCAGAGAACGCCACAAACAACCUCCACGAGUUCAACAUGCACACCUUUGAAAGGAUCACCUCCUGUAACUCUUGCCACAUGCUGCUGAGGGGCAUCUUUAACCAGGGCUACCUGUGCUCCAAGUGCGGUUUAGGUGCCCAUAAAGAAUGCCUGGGCCGCUUUGGCAGCUGUGGAAAAACAGAUCCCGGCUCCGUCAGAACUCAGAGCAAAGAUAGAGAUCCAGGUUUGCCCAAGAUGCUGGUGAUCAGGAACUACUUUGGGGUGCCGAGCCCAACGUCUGGUCCGGCACUCAGCAUCCAGACGGGUGACAUCAUCGAAUUAAUCUGCGCCGACCUCCAUAGCCCAUGGUGGCAGGGCAAAAUCCUGGCGACGAAAGAGGUUGGCUUCUUUCCAAGCGACGCUGUGAAGCCUUGCCCAUGUGUCCCGAAGCCUGUCGAUUACUCGUCUCAAGCUUGGUUUGCAGGGCCCAUGGAGCGACUUCAGGCAGGAACAGAACUCCUUCACAGGGUCAACAGCACCUACUUGGUCCGCCAUCGCAGCAGAGAAUUCACAGAGUACGCCAUCAGUAUAAAGUACAACAGCGACGUGAAGCACAUAAAGAUCCUGACCAAGGACUUCUGCUUCUACAUCGCAGAGAACAAGAAGUUCAGGAGCAUAUUGGAGCUGAUAGAGUACUACAAACACCACUCGUUGAGAGAAGGUUUCAGGAGUCUGGACACGACUCUAAAGUUCCCUUACCGGGAACCGGAGACCGCUGCUAUGCACAGCCUCAACCGUUCCAGUAGCCAAACCCCAUUGCUCUACGGCCUCUCUUUUGUAACUCCUGCCGGCUACAGCUUUGUUCCUCCUUCCUCUGCUCCCUUCUGGUCAGUGUUUGCGCCAAAGGUGAUCGGUGUGGCGAUCGCGCGGUACGACUUCAGCUCGCGGGACACGCGGGAGCUCUCGCUGCAGGAGGGAGACGUGGUGAAGAUCUACACCAAGUCGGGAGCCAACGGCUGGUGGAGGGGCGAGGCCAACGGCCGGGUGGGCUGGUUCCCCUCCACAUACGUAGAGGAGGGUGAGGAGUGAAAGGUCCACCACGGGAAGAAGAGAAAGAUAAAGGAAGAACGGCAGCAGUGCAGUAAGCACACUGUGAACAGAACAGUGACAAAGAGUGAGCUUCUGCACCGCUGCUUGUUACUUUCGGAGUGAAGCGCUCUCCUCGAUGGAGUCCUGACGCCGGCAACACUCCCAGAAUCCUUUGGGAGAGAAAAGGGACGCGAAGAUGCCCCAUCAUUUCUGGUUGACUCUGUGUGGCUAAGUGACUCCACCAAAUAGCAGCUUGCCUGUCAGCGGGGCUCGAGCCCUCGCCAGACACCCCUCACCCCCCCCCCCACAUCAUCCAUCCAUCCAUAAUUCAGCCCGCCCUCCCCUCCCCUCUCUGCCCCCAGCUCCCACCUGUUUCUGCUUGCCAAGUCGGCCGUCGCCAGUCUGUCAAAAAGUAGAAAUGCUACUCUUCCAUUCAUGCGCUCAUCCAUCCACCCAUACAAGCAUCCCCCCCACCCCCACCCCACCCACCUGUGGGAAUAGAGCAAUUUGAGGCGGAAAAGACCCACACUAUUCUGUCCCCUUCUCUCUGAGGGGAUUUCAGUGAGUUUUGACCUUGCCUGUGUGUUUCCUCCACUAAUGCUGCUGGUUAUUGAUGACUCCCUGACCCAGAUUCACACACACACCUCCAACCUCUCCUCCCCUUCAGAUUACGAUCGCCUCACACACACUCCUACAGGAGAUGCAAGAGAGGGAUUGCGUCGGAUAGCAUCGCUGCGCAGUGCCAGCAAUUGAUCGCUGUUGUUCCUAUUUUCCUCCCUCCUCCUACAUUCUUUAUCUGGAGCCGGCCUCUCAUGUUUUCAGUUGUCUGGGCCGUUAGCGAUCCUCGGCUCUUAUCGGUGGCAGCUCUGUCGACAGGAGCACAUUCGCCCAGGGUUUAUCUUAUUGGAGGCAUUAGCAGCUUGUCGGGGAACGAGCCACACUACCUCGAAGCCACCUGUCCCCAACAUAAAGCCGAUAGAAAACAUAAGCAGCUCAACCUUCUUAAUCUUUUAUCUCACAUUUUUCUCUGCUUUGUUUCUCAGCUUCACCAUCUGCAGAUAUGAUAGAUAGGAUGAUUGAUUGCAUUCUUGAAAAAGAAAGAGACCCAGAUGUGUUGUUUAACAUGAUUUUUUACCAGAUUAUGCAUCACAAUAUUAACAGACACGAGGUAUCUUCUGUGUUCAACCCUCGCCCCCUGGGUACAUUAUGCACACUGCCUCCUUAAUCCACACUUAAAGAGGAUUUUCCCACAUUUGAGGGGAAUAAAUACCCACUUUACUCACUAGUCAGCCAUUAUAUAGCCAGAGAGAGAGUGGGAAGACAGUGUGCACAGAAUUAAAAUAGUGAUCAAUUUAUGUCUGGAGGUGAGAACAGGAACAGCUGUUGGCUUUGUGCAGCGAUGUUUUAAUCUCAGCCAGGAUUCUCUCUUUCCUGGAUAGACGGAGAAACACACUACAAACCGUACAUCCCUGUUCAAAAUAUGUACAUAUUUUCAUGGCAAACUCUUUGAACUAAGAACUUUAAAUUCUUCUUUCUUUAAAGCUGUACUUUGGCUACAUUUCCCCUCAUAUAGACUUUCACACACGCCUACACAUGACAUUUUAAAAACCAUCCAUCUCUUUUCUGUUAAGGGAAGGUAAAAAUAAAAUGUACAUAACAUACAUCACUGGGGUACUAAGAGGCAGCAUUCUCGAGGUGAUAACAAAAAAAAAGCAUCAGACAUUGAAUUCAGAACUUUCUAAGGAAAGUUUGAGUGGACCUCUGAUAGGGCAUUACUCCUAUUCAAAGCCUUCAUCCACCCCCUCAUGUCUCUAUUGUGUCCAUGUCAUUGGGUAUUGUGUCAGAAAUAUAUUUUGUGAAUCAAAGUAAGAGUUUAUUGUAAAGAUAUGCUCUUAAUGGAGCCAUUAUGUGUGGACAUCUAUAAUAACCCCCUGCCAGCCCUGCCAUUAUGAUACGUAUGACAAUAUAUUUUUUUGCUCUCAGUCAUGUUGUUUAAAACUGCACUGAAGAUGUGUCAGAAAUAGUCAUCUUAAUGUAUUUUGCAUUGUGACGCCCCCUUUUUUCCAAAUUGUGUAUCAUCAGUGUCAUUAAGUGACCACUAGAUGGAAGCAUCCUAAACACAACUCUUCCCAAAGCCAGUCACCUUCAACUUGCUUAAGUUUGGAGAUGACAUCAUCCGAUAAGGAGGGUCACAAUAUUUAGGCAUUUAGCCUUCGCCUCACACAUGUUGCUGGGAGAUGAGGGAAAGAGGAUGACAUACUGACAAAUCCAAAGUGUGUAAAGACAAGAUUUAAGUUUGUUAAAGAAGUAGAGCGUCCGGAUUAGUAAAGCAGGUUAAAAUAUGCAGAUGUGAAAUUAUUUGAAAAAGCUGUAUUGUGAAGUUUCUUGACAUUCCCUGACUUUUACCAGAUUUCCAAGAACUUUCUAUUUGUCCUCCUCGCCUGUUCCCAAAAGUCUCUGAGCAGUCAAACAUUAGAUUUAUAACAUCUUUAGGAAUUCUGCGGUGAGGCAGCGGCCCAAAUGUGAUCCAGCCCGAGCGCCUCUCCGUCCUGGGAGCAGAGCGGAGGCAGAGACUCCGUAAUCCACUCCGCUCGCCUCCUCCGCCCAGAUGAACUCUGACAGCUGGGCCAUUUACAACUGCAGGCCUUCCUCCACUCCUAGUGCGCUUCCAGAUUUUCUGUGUGUGCAGGAGGGACGGGAGGAAGGCUCAAGGGUAUCUGUGAUCUAAUCAUUACACCAUCUCCUCACCCCGGCGACCCCACUGCAUCCAUCUCUCUGUCGUCUCCUCUCCCUCGCUCUCUCUCACCUUGUCACUUCCCUUCUCUCUCCCUCUCUUUACUGCUCUCUUCCCCCAUCUAUCUUUCAUCCAAUCUCUGUCUUUCUCUCUGCAUUCUGGCCCUCACCCCGAUGCUCUGUAGGCUGUAACUGCUGUAACUUCUGAAAAUAGAAGAGGCGAUUCUCUAUAAACUAAUUGAGGACUGCUUUUAAUUUGACCGCAAAUUCAUAGAGAGAAAUAAAAGCAAUUGAGCGAGAAUGAAUUGGUUGUCACCUCUGUCCUCUCCUCCUAUGGAGUGUGCACAGAUUCUGUCUAUAUGCAGAGGCACACACCGUGUACGUGUGAAGAAAUGUUCUGACAGGAUUUAGGGCUGAGCAAGUCUUAGCCCAGCAGGGGUUCAGGAUACAAUCUCCUCCGCCAACAUGAGAGGACAUUUGUGUAGCAACCUGAGCAGAAACAGCAUACUAUCACCCAUACAGUACAUGAAGGAAAUGUGUCUUUCUUCCAGCGCUCAAAAUCCACCCUUAAUCCAAUGACAAGUCACCCCCCCACUUCCCUCUCUGUGUAUUAUUGCUCCCUCCUGACUGAAGUUUGCAUUCUGUGUCCCCGCUCCAUGUUCUGUGAUCCCCUGAAGCCAAAGAUGUACUUCCUGUACACUCAGUGUUGUGUCAGAACCACGGUACCGACCGCUGUGGCCUAACUCUAAAACCGUGCAAUCUCAACUGUGUAGCAUUACCGUGUAUUGUUGCUGUACCAUACUGUAAAAUAUGUACAUAGCAUAUAAUAAAGAUAUACAUUGCUUCUUCUAA